AUGUUGUGUAAUUCUGUUGAAGAAAUUGAUGUUGUGGGUUUGGAAGCUCUUAGGAAUCAUAUGGAGUCAAAACCAGUUUGGCCUAUUGGUCCUUUACUUCCUUCAUUUUUACUGCGGCAGGGGCCGCAGGGCAAUCAGAAUAAGAACAAUGGACCUCUUGUUCCUCAAUCAAGGACGGGAAAGGAAUUUGGGAUUUCUCCAGAGAGUUGUAUUGAGUGGUUAAAUCACCAAAAACCAUCUUCAGUUUUAUUCAUUUCAUUGGGUUCACAAAAUACAAUUAGUGCUCCAAAAAUGAAGGAAUUGGCUCUGGGUUUGGAGAAAAGUGGCAAGUAUUUCAUAUGGGCAUUAAAACCAUCAAGGGGAUUUGAGAAUAUAUCUGAAUUCGAAUCGGAAUGGUUGCCAGAAGGAUUUGUAGAAAGAAUGAAUAUAACUAAAAAAGGGUUUCUGGUCAAAAAUUGGGCUCCUCAGUUGGAAAUACUGUGUCAUAGUUCAACAGGGGCAUUUCUUAGUCACUGUGGAUGGAAUUCAGUCUCGGAGAGUUUGAGUCAAGGGGUACCCAUAAUUGGAUGGCCCUUAUUUGCAGAACAACCUUAUAAUUCAAAGAUGUUACAAGAAGAGAUGGGGGUUUGUGUUGAAUUGGCUAGAGGAGAUGAAACUGAGCUAUGUAGUGAGGAUGUGAAGAAAGUAAUUGAACAAGUAAUGGAUAGUAGGAAAGGAGAUGAAAUGAGGAACAAUGCAACCGUAAUUGCAGAGAAAAUUGGAGCUGCAAUGACAGAAUAUACAGAUGAAGCAGGUGCUCAUCAGAAAGGGUCCUCCAUAAGAUCAAUAGAUGAUUUUCUUGCAACAAUAACUUCUAAAAAGUAG